AUGCAGUUUAUGUUGCUUUUUAGUCGCCAGGGGAAACUGAGACUCCAGAAGUGGUAUGUCCCAUUAUCUGACAAAGAAAAGAAGAAAAUCACAAGGGAACUUGUUCAAACAGUAUUAGCCCGCAAACCGAAAAUGUGCAGCUUCCUGGAAUGGAGAGACCUGAAGAUUGUCUACAAAAGAUAUGCAAGCCUCUAUUUCUGCUGUGCAAUUGAAGAUCAGGACAAUGAACUAAUAACUCUGGAAAUAAUUCAUCGCUAUGUAGAACUUCUUGACAAGUAUUUUGGCAGUGUCUGUGAACUUGAUAUCAUCUUCAAUUUUGAAAAAGCCUAUUUCAUUUUGGAUGAGUUCCUUUUAGGAGGGGAAGUUCAGGAGACAUCCAAGAAAAAUGUUCUUAAAGCCAUCGAACAAGCAGAUCUCUUACAGGAGGAUGCUAAAGAAGCAGAGACCCCACGUAGUGUACUUGAAGAAAUUGGAUUGACAUAAAUCUUCUCUUCAGCUGAUGCCAUCUCAGUGUUUCAUACUGUAAAUGUUCACUGCCUUCAUUGUAAUGUUUAGCUAAUGGUGUAAGAUGCUGUUUGUCAGUAUUACAGUUUUGCUAAGCUGCUUCAUUCAGGCCUACAAGAAAAAUACAAAAAUACUUUGUUUUGUAAAGGGAACAAGAAGCCUAAGUUCAAAAUUUAUAAAUGAAAGGGAAUUAGAUUUAAAUUGACUCAGUGUUUCCCUUCACUACAUUUAUAGGAAAAUUGCAUUUGACUUCGAUAAGCCUACUGUUUUUUAUAAGCGAACUUGACUUCAGGAAAUAAAUGUAUUACUAUGACAUAAGCAUAGCCUACCUAAAUGAAAAGAAUCUACAUGGACAACUCCAAAUAUGAAAUGUUCCGGUGUAGAAAUUGUGUUUAUGCAACCAAAGAAUUUGUUCAUCUACAUUUUAGUCACCACUUGUGAUUAUUCUGCUUAUUUCAGUUGUUGCAUAAUGAUUGGAAAUACCUGUUUACUACUGAAUUUGUCAUUAUACCAAAGAAUCCUGCCAGGAUCUGCAUAUCAAACUGGUAAAAAACUGUUAAGGUGAUAACUGCUUUUUUAAGAAAUCUGAUCAACUCACUAGACAUGAAGGGUGUAUUUUAGUGUAACUUCUUGAGCAAAACUGUGCAAGUUACUAUACUUCAAAGGGAAUGCAUGUAGGAGAGAAGGAAAACCAGCCCAGACUGAAUAAGGAAACUGUUUUUAGGUCUGAUAUUAGCUUGCUUUGACCAUGAACACAUGGAGGUCAGCUUUCUAACUGAAUAGAGAGAUGCAUAAUGAAAACUGAAUACUUUGAAAGAUGGGAAAGAAGAAGCUUUACAGAAGGGACCUUUUAUUAUUUUCUCUCAAAGUCUACCAACUAAUUCGUAUUUUUUGGUGUUUUGUAGUUAUGCUUCAUUGGGUGUAUAGGUACCUUUAGGACACACUGAGUGUCAGUCAUUUAACUGCUUUUCUUGAUCAACACAUUAAACGUGGUGCAUCCCUUACAAUACUCCUGCGUGAUGUAGUUGAACUAAUUGGCAGUGAGAGCUCUUAACCAUUAGAUUUGUAUGGGAUAUUCACUACAAAUCAUGUGAACUGAUAUCCAGGAAUAUUUUGACACUUUGAACAGACUCUCAGUAAUUAGGGACUGAGCCUGUUUCACUAGCAGAAAUGUGUUCCCUGUGUGAUUUUGAGGGAGACAGUGGCAGUCUACACCUGGGAGUAGCCAAGUUCUGUUUCCUGUCCCCUCCCUGUCCACCCAGACACCUUUCCCUGGGAGUUUUGACUUGUUCACCUGAGUGGUGCCAUGUUUUCACAGAGCUCAGCUCUGGCAGUGCUGCUGCAGAGUGGGUUCAGUAGUACCAGCCAAAGGAAAGGUGCAGUGGUGCCACUUCUAAGCCCUGAUCCGGACCCCAGCACCAACACUUGGGCCAGCAGAGCGGCCAGCCAGGCCCAGGCUGUGUGUGCCACUCCUGUGGCAGUGCCAGCGUGGUGCCUGUGAACUCAAGCCAUUAGAACUUGUCUCUGGGUGCCCUUUCCAGGAUUUAUACACAGAUUCUAGAGACUGUUUUUUGUCCCAGGGCAUUUCCCCAGUGCACAGUGGGCAGGGGUAGAUGAGGGUAGAGGGGUAGUGAAAGGACCCUGUGUGUGAGAUUGUAGUGGUAAAAUGGAUUUAAGUCAAACCAGAAGCAAUUUUAUAUGUAUUAAACAUGUUUUUAAAGUUUACACUGUCACUUGUAUGUGCUUGGCUGGAUUAAGCUUCGUUGUGAUUGUGACAAACUGUUUGACCUCUGUCUGUCACAUUGGUUUAGUUGUAAUAAAUGUCCAUUUUUACACCAUUA